AUGGCCGAGCGGCUGUCGGAGGAGAAAAUCGCAGAAUUCAAGGAAGCGUUCUCCCUCUUCGACCGCGACGGCGACGGCUGCAUCAGCACCAAGGAGCUGGGCACCGUCAUGCGCUCGCUGGGCCAGAACCCCACCGAGGCCGAGCUGCAGGACAUGGUGGGCGAGGUGGACGCCGACGGCAGCGGCACCAUCGACUUCCCGGAGUUCCUGUCGCUGAUGGCCAGGAAGACGAGGGACACGGACAGCGAGGAGGAGAUCCGGGAGGCGUUCCGGGUUUUCGACAAGGAUGGGAACGGCUACAUCAGCGCGGCGGAGCUGCGGCACGUCAUGACCAACCUGGGCGAGAAGCUGACGGACGAGGAGGUGGACGAGAUGAUCAAGGAGGCCGACUGCAACAACGACGGGCAGGUCAACUAUGAGGAGUUCGUCAGGAUGAUGACGGAGAAGUGACGGCCUCCACCAGCCACCUCCAGCUCCAGGUAACUCCCUGGGAUGCAGCACCCAUGGAAAAUCCCCAAAUCUUGGCUCUACCCCAUCCUCAUGAUGGUUGGAAAAAAUUAUGUUUCUGGUGCUUUUUUUUUUUUAAGUUUUCCUUCUUUUUUUUUUUGUUUUUUUUGUUUUUCCCAUAGAGAACAGAGGUUGUGGUGGUGGUUCUACCCCAGCCCCUCCAUCCCCUCCCACCUUCUCCAGGCUGGAAAAAUCCUCUUCUACCCCAGUUGGAGCGCCACCAACCAGCGUCUGCAUUGGACGUGGGAUGCAAAUGGAUUUGGGGUCCCCAUGGGAUGUCUCAUGUCCAUAGAUAUUCCAGUGGACACUGAAUAUUCCCUCACAUCCCUGAGUCCAAUAAAAAACAUCCCCCCACGUCCUGGUGGCUGCUUCAUUCAGCUUCUCCUUGGGAUCCCUGCAAAAAAAAUAUUCCCAGAAAUCAUCCUGGUCAGGCUCA